AUGUGGCCUCCUGGUACACUACAUCUUGCGGACAUUGCUGCGUCCGGUUCAGGAGAGUCCCUCAUUCUACAGCCAAGGCCCUCUGAUGAUCCCAACGAUCCCCUCAAUUGGGUCGCAUGGCGCAAAUUACUGAACAUGGGAUUGGCGUGCUUUUACGUUGCUAUGGUCGCUGAAUUUGUCAACGCGAAUUCGCCAACAUGGGGUCCUAUGGAGACAGAGCUUGGCUACACCAGCGAGAUCCUAAAUGACAGUUAUGCCGCUGGCUGUGCUGCUUUAGCAGUUGGCUCCCUUAUCCUAAUUCCUUUUGCCCUCAAGUUUGGCCGCCGCCCGCUGUAUCUAUUCAGUACUGUGGUUCAAUUUGCAGUGUCAAUCUGGUCAGCAAAGAUGCAAACUGUGGGAGACUUGAUGGCGAUUAAUGUUAUACAAUGUUUCUUUGGGAGCCUUGCAGAGGUGAUUGUCCAAAUGACUAUCGCGGAUCUCUUUUUUGUGCACCAACGAGGAAGAAUGAAUGCCCUUUAUGUCUGGACGUGGCUUCUUUCUAGUUAUAUGGGCAUCCUUAUCGCCGGUUAUGUCGCUAGUGGCCUCGGCUGGAGAUGGAUAUGGUGGUUAAAUGCCAUCAUCUUUGGUGUAGCAAUUUUUGUUGUUGGCUUCGCUUACGAGGAAACCAAAUUUUGCCCACCGGUUCCAGCUACCAAUACAGAUAAUGCGCUGCAACUGAAAUCAGUGAUUUCAAACAAUCAAGACCAGAAACUAGAUACCAAGAGAGACAAGGCCGAGGAGCUUGAUACCAAGAAAACAAGUGCCAACACUGGUUUCACGUCAGUUGAUAUGGCAGAUGAAACAAUCGUUACCGCCGCUCCCAUCACAAUCAAUCCCAAUAUCCCCAUGAAGACAUAUUGGCAAAGAAUCGCUCUAACAAACACCACCACUUCAUCUGGUAGUGCGAGUCACUCCUUCCUUCAGCAUGUAUAUCAACCUUUGGUUAUCUUAACGACAAUCCCUGCCAUUACUUGGACGGCUCUUGUUUAUGGCAUCUUAGUAGCACUGGGAGACGUCAUGUCCACCACUAUGUCGUCCUAUCUUCCUGCUCCUCCAUAUAACUUCUCUCCCUAUCAGGUUGGGCUCAUGAGUAUCCCAAGAAUGAUUGGUGUCACCAUCGGUGCACUCAUUGUCGGCCCCUUGAGUGACUGGUGGGUAGUAUUCCUCUCUCGCCGCCGGAAUGGGAUUUUCGAACCAGAGAUGCGUUUGUGGUGUAUGAUUCCCUUUCUCCCAUUUGUCGUCGCUGGCGCCCUUCUAUUCGCUAUUGGACUCAGCGACCAUCAGUCAUGGCCUGUUAUCGCCAUCGGACUGGCAUUAUACAACAUCGGUGUGACUCCGAUUGAUGCUGUCACCAUUACUUACUUGACAGAUUCGUAUAAAGAGAUAGUUGGGGACGCAAUUGUGGGGGUCACAUUCACACGAAACGCUAUCAGCACUGCAUUCAUAUUUGCACUUACGCCGUGGGUCGCGAAGGCUGGUCUGAAAAACACGUUCAUCACUAUCCUGGUCAUUGCAAUUGCCAUCUUGAUGGUCUUUGUUGUUUUUCUUCGAUAUGGAAAGGCGAUUCGGCGCAAGUUUGCUCCUCGAUACCUACAUUAUGCGACACUUCAGUACAAGGAAAGGGGGUUUGAUUAG